GAAACGCACGCCAGCACAGCUGGUGGCGGUAAUGCACCCGUGAGUGGGUUUGCCACACACCUAAACUAAAGAAGAAAAUUAGUUACAUGUCGCACGACUGCUACGUUGGGAACCGAGGUUGCUAGAUGUGUUGUAAUUAUGGAGGCUGAAAAGAUUAAAUCUGCGGAAUAUACAACCAUGCAUAGUGAAACUGACAUCGACAAACAACUCGGCAGAACUCUGAUAGCUGUCGGUCUGGGUGUUGCAGCUGUCAGCUUUGCAGGUCGAUAUGCAUUCCAGUUGUGGAAGCCUCUUGGGCAAGUCAUCUCGCAAACUGCCAAAAAUUUUCCAACUUCUUCAUUUUCAACGUAUUACAAAGGAGGGUUUGAUCAGAAGAUGACGAAACGUGAAGCCAGCCUCAUCCUCGGUAUCAGUCCAACUUGCCCAAAAUCAAAGGUGCGAGAGGCUCACAGGAGGUGUAUGGUCCUGAAUCACCCAGACAAAGGUGGAUCUCCAUAUUUGGCAGCAAAGAUCAAUGAAGCCAAAGACCUGCUUGACUCACAGCGUUGACUCGGCUCACAGCGUUGACUCGGCUCUGUGCUGUCUUCAGAUUCAACUGAAUUUGAAUACUGCAUUCCUAUUACUAAUUCGCAUUCUCCUUGCACUAGUUCUCAUUUUCAUCAAAGGCUCUCAUAGUACAAAUGAGUCCAUCUUGCACUGAUGGGCUGAUUCGCUUUACCUUUGAGGAUGUGGGGCCCUUGUGUGAAAGUGGUCCAAAACACAAAUGUGUAUCAAACUGCCUGCUCUGUCGUGUUGUGCUGGGCAUAAAGAAUGAGUUCAGAGGCUUGUUCAACCCAUGACCUACCGCCUCAGAGGCUGCUGUUGAAUAGUGUUGGGAUGUGUAUUGUGUAAUGUAUGUAUGUAUGUAUGUAUGUAUGUAUGUAUGUAAAGUGGCCGACUAUAUUUCCACAAAGGGAUUGUGUGCAUGUUGGAUCUCCUGACCAGGGGUAUCUGUACACACAUGCACAUCAAUUUAUGUAUAUGUGGUUCAAUUAAUACUAGUUGAAUAAAAGGUUUUAAAUUAUCUCUAA